AAAAUCCGGAAGGGGAAAAUACAACCAGCUAGCAUCCAUUUAAAAUCUGCAGCAUCCUCAACUUAAUUUUGCAUCUGUGCAAAUUUGCACAUUCGUUGAUUUUAUUGUGAUUGUAAUUUGCAUCCAUUUCAUUGCAAGAUGGUGCUACGAGUGUUCUACACAUCAACACCGACCACUAAAGCGCUUAAAGCCAAACAAGAAUACAUCCAGCGGACACUGACAAGUUUAAAAUUUGACUUCGAUUUGAUUGACAUCAGUGCACAAGAAAAUGAGGAAGAUCGGAAAUUUAUGCGGGCAAAUGCACAGUCGAACAAAAGUGGCGCUGUUCCCCUUCCCCCUCAGAUAUUUAAUGACGAUAUCUAUUGUGGGGAUUUUGAAGCUUUUGAAGCAGCAAUAGAAGGAGAAGGUGUAGCAGCCAUGCUGAAGAUGGAAACUCAAGUGUCACAAAAAGAAAUUAACCUCUCAGACGACGAAGAGGAAAAGAAAGACGAGGAAAAAACACCCUUAAUAGAGGAUGUUGCUAAACAGGAUGAGGAGGCAGAGAAAACUGAGGAUGGAGAAAAAACUGAACAAGCAAAAAAAACUGAAGAAGAAGAUGGUGAGAAACCAUCAGAGCCCUCUGAGGAAAGUUCAGAGGUCAAAGAAGAAGACAGUUCAGAGGUCAAGGCAGAAGACAGUGCAGAGGCAAAGGAUGAGGCUGUUACUGAGGAGACAACUGAUGAGGCCAAACCAGCUGAGGAGGAGGUUAAAGGUGAUGAAGAUAAAAAAGAUGAGUCUACUGAAGAUAAAGAAAAAACAGAUGAGAAUGUUGAUGAAAAAGAAACUAAGGAUGAAACAAUAAAAGAAAACGGUAAUUGUGAGGAAGAGUCUGAUGACAAAUCCACUGAACCAGUUAUUGAACAAGACACUGAUAAAGGUGUGGAUAGAUUAGAGGAUAAAGUAGAUGAAAAAGGAGAUGUAGAAACAUCAGAUGAGACGGAUAAAAUUGAAGAGGAUGUGGUAAUUGAUCAAAAGGAGGAUGAUGAUAGCACAGCUAAGCCUGACGAGGAACCAGAGGAAAAAGUGAAAGAGGCAACCCCAGAACCUGCCAAGGAACCAACGCCUCCACCAAAGGAACCAACACCUCCACCAAAGGAACCAACGCCCCCACCAAAGGAACCAACACCUCCUCCGAAGGAACCAACGCCCCCACCGAAGGAACCAACUCCUCCGCCUAAGGAGCCUACACCUCCACCUAAGGAGCCUACACCUCCACCAAAGGAACCAACUCCUCCACCUAAAGAGCCUACACCUCCUCCAAAACAACCUUCCCCAGAACCUGUGCUUGACUGGGAACCAGAAGACAAUUCCUUGGAGGCAAGAAGGAAGAGGCGUGCUGCAGAGAGGGCCGCAAAAGCUGCUGCAGCUGGGGACACUGUGGAAGAAGAUGCUGGGGAAAGGAGGAGACGACGCAGAGAGGAGCGAGAAGCAGAAGAAACCAGUGGUGAGACAGCAGCUGAGAGACGCAGGAGACGGAGGAGAGGCUAUGAUGACUAGACAACGAAAGACCAAACCCUGUGAAGAACAGCAGCAAGUUCAGGACUAGAUAUGUUGAUGUGUAUGGCCAACAGAUUCCUCUGCCUUUCCACAUCUGCAUAUUAAGCAAUCCUGACCAGAGAUGGACACCUAGGUUCUGUAGACUUUGGAAAUUGUAACAUACAGGCUUCAAGUGAAGACACAUACAAUAAUGUAGACUGGCUGCACCAAGUAGAGAAGUACCGUGAACUGUAAAGAAACUGAAGAUAAACUGCUUGCAAAAAUGUGUUAGAUCCGUGUAGUCAUUGCUUCUCAGAGCUGGAACCAGUCCUAUAUAAUGACAAUUUUGCGGAAAAAAUUUGGCGCAAUUUUUAAACCUCUUUCUGUUUAUCAUAUUGUACUCCAUCUAUAUGAUGUUCUUUUCAAAUGAAUAUGAUUAUAGAUAUAUAGGGAUUGUUCUGAGGCCAUAUUACACCAAGCUAACUGUGUUCAUCGUUUCGAGAGUUUAGAGUUCAUAGGAUUUUUUUUUUUUUUUUUCGCAUUCUCUGCCAAGUUGUUACAAUGUUGCACAAGUAUUGAGAGCUGAUAAAUGUACUUUUUGACGUAACCAGUCUUUUUACCACUAGAUAUAUAUAUAUUUGCAUACAAUAUACAACAAGUGAUGAUAAAUAUGUCUUCAUGUAUUUCCUUUGUUUGAAAUUAUGUAUACAAUAUGCUGUAAGUGUUUAAUUAAUGUAAAGGAGAUAAGCCAUAUUUGAAUGCACAUGGAUUGUUUAUUUUGCCACCAAAAGAUUUCUGGUAAGGUUGGUAUAUGAGUUCGCACAUGAUUGUUUCAGAAAAAAGGAAACUUAGGAACAUGUUAUGUUAAGUGUUAUGUUAGAUAUUCAUCUUUUUGCUCAAACAAUAUCAGCUUUCUUUCUUGGCGCAAUCAUCAGACUGAAUUAUUUUGCCAAAGGGUAUGGUAAAUUUUAUUAUUAUCUCCCAUAAAGAUAACCAUGCAAAUGAAGCUUGCAUAUCCAGGUGCUCUCAAUUAAAAGUCAUUAAUUAUUUAGAGGUAUUUAAAACGUUCAGUCAUUUUAUUUGUAGCUUUGAUUACUAUGAUAUAUUGAAAUAAAAAGACACAGGAGUAUGUGCACAAGACAGAUCCAUUUUUCUGGCCAUCACAUAAAACCACCAUCCCAAUUAAUUGAAUUUAUACCUUGCUUGUCUCCCUUGAAAAGAAUUCUCCCAUUAUGCAUAGAUACAAGUAAUUUUCAUUUUGCAAUAUUUGAUUGGUAUUUUUUUUAAUUGUUUGUUAUGUUUCUCCUCGUUUUAUUUGUAUACCGCUGUCUAAUAUUAGUACAUAAUAUGAUAUGUACAUGUGUACUGCUAUGUAUGAUGACCUGAACCUAUUUAUUUUUGACAUGACUUUGUUUACAUUGUAUAACCCUAGGUUUGUUAAUGCUCUUCAUUCCAUGUAUUAUUUCAAUGAUGUAAAAUAUUUCAGGUGUGAGAUAUUCAGUAAGUUACCAGCAAUUGUAUAAAUAAUAAUUAUGAAAGUGUGAUAAAUUUUUUUUUUCAUUUAUACAGCUUUUCGGUUAUGCAUGUCUAGUGUUCUGUAGUGCUUUGGCCAUAUCCAGCAAUGUUUUCAUAUACCUUUAAGUAUUUUUUGUAGUGUAACAUGUUAGACAUGUUAGUAGACAAUUUAUUACCAUUCAAUUUAAGUAAGAAAGUAAUCCUACAGAAAGAUUUUUACAAAGUAGAUUAAUGCUUGCCAGAUCCCUUAUACUAAAGUGUAUAAUUUUUUUUUAUGAAAUAUAUAAUUAAUAUGUGUAGGAUUUUGUUGUUAGCUUAAACAAUAACAUGUCAUGGAUAGCAAUUUUCGUCUUGAAAUGCAAUGGACAGUUGAUGAACAAGAAUUCAGGUAAUAGUUCAAUAUAUACUAGUCAUAUGUGGUGUUUAUUUUUGGCUGUCGUGUAUCAGUUCCUCCGAUCAUGUACCCCCAGUAUUAUCAUUCUACCAUAGCAAGUACUCCCAUUUAAACUAUAUCCACUGAUCACAGGUACAAAAUUCUAUAGAAAUAUCGUAACCUAGAUUUGCAUAUCAUGAACUGCUGCAACAGAAACAGAAAUCAAAUUCAUGAAGACAUAUCUAUUUUACUCUGCAAUCAAGAGUUAGCGUUGCAUAAACCAAAAAGUAAGUGAUAUGUCAAAAGUUAUUUCCCUUUUCCAAACCUUUGAUGUUGGCGAAGGAUUGUUGUCGUCCUGACCAACAUCUUGAGUGCCAGGUCAAGGGGAACAAAUAUGGUAGGACAGAAACCAUAUCAAUAUAGGAGAUCUGCUUCGUAAAAGGUAGUAAUUGUCACAAUUUCGAUUUCUUUUGUUUUAAUUGUACAUGAUACAUGUGUUGUCUAUUGUAAGUUGAGGUAAAACGUGCAAUAUUCCUCUUACUCAUCUACUUUCUGUUUUGUAUCACAGCCUCCCAGUGACCAUUUAAAACUUAAAUCAGCUGUUAGCACCCGAGCACCUUUUCUUUUUAGUGCUGAAAGCAGUUUAAUCAGCUGGGCCAAACUCAACUGAAUGAUACAGUUGGGAUUUACUGAAACACUUCUUGGUACCUGGUACAGUUCCACCGAGCUUUAUCCUUGAUAAUAUCACACGUCUUUCCAUAAAUAAAGAAAAUAUUAGGUCAGCAGCUGAAAUUUUCUCUUCAAAUCGGUGCCCUGCUUGUAUUUGCCAUAAAUGAAGAUCUCUUGGCAUGAUUUGUGUAAUGAAAUGAACAGAGUAUAUCUGAAGAUGAUCUGUGAUUUAUUUUGUAGUUUACAAUUCGUAGUAUAGCCCACCCAAUCCAAAAUACCUGAAUCUUUAUUAAAGUAUUUUGGAUGAAUUCCCCACUCAGUACGAACAGGAUUGUACACAUUGGUUUACCUUGGGUUAUAACUCAUAUACAUCAGGUGCUUUUUCUCUUUUAUGAUGAAUUCGGAAUAAGUACUUUGUAUGAUUUUUUUCCCCCAUAAGUAUGAUUUUAUGAAUGUUCAGAAGAAAGCCAAUUACCCAGUAGAUAUUCAGAAUCAUGUCUUAUCUUCCAUAUCGAACAUAAGUAUGUGUACUUCAGGAAGUAUCGGUGAAACCCGGUUUGAUAUUUGGUUUGAUAUUACACCAUGUACAUAUAGACUGAACCAUUGAUAUAAGAUUAUUUUUUUAGCUUUUGUGACCAUUUACAUUUAAUUUUAAGGUUCAACAAAUGCAUGUAUCUAUAUUGCCAGGUUUCACUGUGAAAUUUUUUUUAUCAAUUUCAGAACUUUCGAAAUUUUGAAAGCAAUAUGUGGCUUUUGAUAAUUCUUUUCGUUAGUGCUAUUUUCAAAUGGAAGAGUUUAUAUUUUUUUUUUUGAGAACUUGCAAAGUUUUGUUAUUUACAAAAUUAAAGUUUACUGAAGCACUGGGCGUCAAGGCUGUGUGAGAACAGAAAAAUGUUUGCCGGAAGCAUCAAGACAAUCUGUCACUAGUACAACAUUCCAGGCAGGGAUGUAUCAGAAUUGUUAACCACAAAACGUCUUCACUAAUUUAUUGAUAUUAAAAUUUUGAGUGUAGACAUCGUAAAUAGUCCCGGACCAUCUUAUCAAGGUGGAUAAAACACGCUGUCUCGGUUGUUUUUUUACCCUUCCAGCCAAAGUACUUAGUACCCUGGGAUUUUACAUAGAAUGUUUGUCACCAGUCUGGGACAAAAAAUGCCCUAACUUUGCCCAAAAGUAAAACCUGUUCUGUUUCUUUAUGUACUCACUGCUUAAAUUACUUUCAGUAUGUAGGAAUUGAAAAGUUAUCAUUACUUCCAUGUACUCUUUGCUUAUACCUCUUAAGUUAUAUCAAAAUUAAAACCAUAUAUGCUUUCAUUGUAUCCUCUUGCUUACAUUCUUUAAUAGAAAUAGGUAUUUUCCUAUUAACCUGGCCAUCAUUACAUUUCUUGUCUGUGAAAUAUGAUAUUGGUAUCGGACUUCAGGGUUAAAGGAUUAGAAUAUUGUAAAUGCUGUCUCUUUGUCUGCUUGCUUUGGUUUUCAACCCUUUGGUAUAAAAGCACUGUCUGCAAGUAGUGAAUGAGUGACAGGCACAGCAGGUCAUUGGUUCGGAUAUAAAUAUAGGUAAAUUUGAACGUUUUACCAUUUGAAUCUUCAGGAAGGUUUUAUUGACAUCUGUUUGAUUGUAUGGUAUUACAACCUGGAUGAUAUUAAUCAACAGCAAAAAGAUCAAUGUAAAGAGGUGACUAUUGUAUUUGUCAUGUAAACGUAAGAGCUAGCUUUCCAUCCUGUUGAGGUCUGAUUCCAAGGUACUUGUAAUUGAAAUAAAAAUUUUCAAUUCUUAAGAUGUAUUUAUCCGAAACCUUGACUUGGGAGAUUUUUUUUAAGUUCCUUCAGUCACAAUGACAAAUCAUUUAUUCUUAUAAUUUUAUCUAAUUGAAACAUGCCAACCAGUGUGUAUUGUAUUAAUUAAAAUAUGUACCAAAUA